AUGUAUAAAGUUGUCUCCUCUCUAAGUGGCCGUUGUGCAGUUUUAACAGGACAGUCCUGCUGUCGAUUCCACUUGGCAAGUGGUGCAUUAUGUCAGAAAUCAACCUUCAGACACCCUCCCGCAGACAUCCCACAUAUGCCCCCAUGCAAUUUCAAACCGGAGGAAUACACGGGUAUGUCCAAGGAGCGGAUGAUGGAGAUCCGCAGGCAGAACUGCAACCCCAUGAUCAUGAAGGUUACCUCCUAUAAGAGACCAGUGUUCAUCCACCAGGGACACAUGCAGUGGCUGUGGGAUGUGGACGGGAGGCGAUAUCUGGAUGCAUUUGCUGGUGUGGCGACUGUCAGUGUGGGACACUGCCACCCGAAGGUGACAGCAGCCGCAGAGCAGCAGUUGAAGAGACUGUGGCAUACUACAAACAUCUACGUCUUUCCUCCUAUCCAUGAGUAUUGUGAGAAACUAGCUUCCUACUUCCCAGAUCCUCUUAAGGUAAUAUAUCUGACCAACAGCGGCUCAGAAGCCAACGACCUGGCCAUGUUGAUGGCUCGGCUUCACACUGGCAACUUUGACAUCAUCACUCUCAGAGGAUCAUACCACGGUGGCAGCCCACAGACCAUUGGUCUUACCUCCAACGCAGCGUAUAAAUACCCCAUCGCCAAUGGCUUAGGCUGCUCAAAUACCAUGUGUCCUGAUGUGUUCAGAGGUCCAUGGGGAGGAAGCCACUGCAGGGACUCUCCUGUGCAGACCAUCAGAGAAUGUAGCUGUGCCCAAGGUCACUGCAUGGCAAAUGAUCAAUACAUUGGACAGCUCAAAGAGACAUUUGCUACUAGUGUCCCAAGUCGAAUUGCUGCUUUCUUUGGAGAGCCGAUUCAGGGAGUCGGAGGAGCUGUGCAGUACCCUAAAAACUACCUCAAGGAUGCUUACAAACUUGUGAGAGAGAGAGGAGGGAUCUGCAUUGCUGAUGAGGUCCAGACUGGAUUUGGGCGAACAGGAAGCCACCUCUGGGGUUUCCAAGGUCAUGAUGUCAUCCCUGAUAUGGUUACGAUGGCGAAGGGCAUUGGUAAUGGAUUCCCAAUGGGGGCUGUUGUUACAACACCAGAAAUUGCAGCCUCAUUUACCAAGGGGGUUCACUUCAACACCUUUGGAGGAAAUCCUGUGGCUUGUGCCAUUGCUUCAUCAGUGCUUGAUACUAUCCAAGAAGACGGCACACAGCAGAACAGUCUUACCGUGGGCACCUAUCUGAUGACAGAACUGGCAAAACUCAGAGACAAGUAUGAGAUUAUCGGGGAUGUCCGUGGAAAAGGCCUGCAGAUUGGUGUGGAAAUGGUCAAAGACAAGGCAAGCAGGGACCCGCUGCCUCCUGAGGACAUUGGUGAGCUCUUUGAGGACAUGAAGGACAUGGGAGUCCUGAUUGGAAAAGGAGGAAUCUACGGACAGACCUUCCGCAUCAAACCCCCAAUGUGCAUCACGAUGGCAGAUGCAGAUUUCUUGCUGGCAGUUUUUAACAAGUCCGUCCACAACUACAUGGAAAGAAGAUGAACGUCAGUUAAAGCUCGCUCGAGCCGAGGAGGAGGGGCCGACUUUGAAUUUUAAUAAACAGCAACUGACAACGGUUACAUAUUACACCUUUAACAGACCUCAGUAGUGAAAAUGAGAAAAUAAUCUGGCUCAGUGCCUUUCUAAUAACUUACUUGAAGUUAAUUUUGCUUGUCUUGGAUCUGCUGAAUCAUGAUUGAAUGUUACGUUUUAUGAUUGUAAUUCCUGAAAACAUGCUUUUUUUGCUGAUUAUAGAUGUGAAUGUAAUAAUAAUAAAUCUGUGAGCUUGAGGAACAA